UUUAUGUGUGAUGGCUCCGCCCACCCGGUUUAGCGUUCAGUUGAGAAUCACUGACAGUCUGGUUGAGUGAUAUUACAUCAACAGAACAACCUCAGCUCUGAUGAGAAAUCACAGCUACAGGAACACUAGUGCGUUUAACCUGUGAUGGUGUUUGUUUAAAGAGAUGAACAGACAAGUGGAGGACAGGAGAAACACUGCAAACUUCAGCCAACACGUGUCAAAGCGGCGUUGAUAACGGACCAAUGAAGAAGAUCAGCUCAGUGUUUUCAACGCUUCAGGAGAAACUCCAGAGAUCCAAGAGCAGCAAUGACUCGGCGUCAAAUCAGUCAGUAACGGCGCUUGCAGCGCCCCCGUCCGGCCGUGAGAGGAAUUACAACGGACAGCUGUUCUUCGAGUAUCUGCUGGUGGUCAGUCUGAGGAAGAAGAGUCAUGAGGAAGGUUACGAGCCGCACAUCACUUACCAGUUCCCAAAGCGUGAUGUGAUGGGGCGUUCACAGCGAGAGGAAGAGGAGAAGUGUAUGAAAGCUGCUCAUCUCUUCUGCUUUCCGGAAGGAAUCAACUGGGCUCCUUUAACAGAAUACAGAAGUGAAACAUUCUCUUUUGUUCUGACUGAAAUUGACGGUAGCAGAAGAAACGGUUAUUGCAGGAGACUGCUGCCGGAUGGUAAAGGAGCUCGUAUACCUGAAGCGUACUGCAUCAUCAGCCGCGUGGCGUGUUUCGGACUCUUCUCCAAGAUAUUUGAUGAGGUGGAGAAGAGGCGGCGGGUCUCGAAGGCGAUGAUCUAUCCAUUCAUGCAGAGUCUGCGAGAGGCGCCGCUGCCCGCGCCCGGAAAUACCGUUAAAAUCACCAGCUUCAUCCCAGAUUCUGGAACUGAGAUCAUCUGUUUAACUCGACCCACCGACGCGUGGCUGGAACACGUGGAUUUCCGAACACUCUUCCGCUGUCUGACGGAUGAACAAGUGCUGCUGGUUUUUGCCGCCACUGUGAUGGAACGGCGUAUCAUUUUCAUCUCUGAAGAACUCAGUACUCUCUCUCAGGUUAUUCACGCUGUAGCCGCUCUGUUGUAUCCGUUCGUUUGGCAGCACACGUUAAUUUCAAUUAUUCCUGAAGUUUUGAUCGACGUGUGCGCGGCGCCGACGCCGUACCUGCUGGGAGUCCAGAAGAACAUGCUGGAACUCAUCACGGACCGCAAUGAUUUGCUGAUUGUCGAUUUGUCAACUGAAGCUAAAAACACAUUCAUCUCUAGAAUUGGAGAUGAGGAGUCAAUACUGCCCCAGAAACUGAAGGAGGAGCUGUUACUCGCCCUGUCUGCUCGCAAACACAACGCCAGUACGGAGGAUCUGAACCGGCUGGUGUCAGAGGAGUUCCUCUCGUUCUUCAUCCAGACCGUCGGUCAUUUCUCUCAACACGUGAAGCGCUGCGGGAACACGCGACAGUUCCAGAGGAAGUCCUUCCUGAAGUCCAUCCCACACAAAUCACAUCUGGACUUCAUCAAACUCUUCAUCCACACACAGAUGUUUGAUGUGUUUAUACAGGAGGAGGAGACGCAACCCAACCCAAACGGAGUGUUCCAGAAGAAACUGUCAGAGCAUCACGAGAGGCAGAAGAGAGAGAAGACUAAAACACGAUGGGUGCAAACUUUACCCUGACAUCUUUAUGCUCAUUUUCAUUUGUUUUAAUUGCAGAAAUAUUUUUCGAUAAUCCACUAAAAAUGACUAUUACAAAAUAAUAUAUAAAAUGACCAAACAAUAAUAUAUAUAUAUUUUUAAUUGUCAUGAAAAUAAUGUCAGAAAAUGGUCAUAAGACUUCUAGAAUAAAAUGUAUUUUGGGGUGAAAGCACAUGUCUCGUGCAGACUAACUCCUGAUAGUCAUUAAUAUUCCCGUGUAUAUGAGGAUCAAUAACAUCAUGAAUAUUUGCAGAACAACAUGAACGAUGUAAAAACUGUCCACAGUGAAUUAAAGUCAGCAACAGUGACUCACUUCUGUGUGUUUGUGUAAUGAUGUUUCUCUUCUGUGUCUCAUGAAACACUCCCAGUGAGUGUGUG